GAAAAGGUCUGCUGCUGAUAUUGAUAUCGGUUAUGAAGUCAUGGACAAUAUUGGUGUAUGGGACAUCGGUAAGAAAGCCAAUAUCCAGCAGCUCUUGUGUAGUUAGGUGAGCUGGUAGAAAAAGUGCUGCACCUUUUUUAACUGAUCUCCAAAGCCUUAAGUGACGACUCUGCUAAAACAAACAACAAGUGGAGUAUUAAUAGUCAUCAGGAUGCUUCACAAUGGCAUCAGCAUCCUUUCCCUUUAUGAACGUGUUUGUUGUAAGCGCUCUCCGUCUCUCUCUUCACUGAUCUCUCUCUCUGUCUCUCUCUCGGGGGGGUUGAGCGGUUGUAACGUAAGCGCCAGUCAUCUUUGAUCAUCACCACUAUAUUCCCACAGCACUCGGCAGUCCACAGCUCUCUCUCUCUCUCUGUGUGUGUGUCUCGUUCCUCGUUCCUCGUUUCUCCAGCAAGCCAGCGUCUCUGUGUCUCUGUGCGGAUGCUUUGCUGAUCACCUCCAUGUCUGCGGUCAUGUUUUGUGGUCUGAGGAGGGACGUGGAGGCCAGCGGUGGUGAUGAUGGACCCUAUGGAAAGACAAAGGACAUCUCUGGAACAGAACACACCAUGGCCUCGAGAAGACACAGCAUACCAGAAGCGCUGCGGGGGGUGACCAUGGUGGAGCUGGUAAAGAAAGAGGGCAGCACACUGGGCCUCACCAUCUCAGGAGGAACCGACAAGGAUGGAAAGCCACGGGUAUCCAACCUGCGGCCCGGAGGUCUGGCAGCUCGGAGUGAUCAGCUAAAUGUUGGAGACUACAUCAAGUCUGUGAACGGCAUCAAUCUGACCAAACUACGACAUGAAGAGAUCAUCAGUUUGCUGAAGAACGUCGGAGAACGAGUCCUGCUGGAGGUGGAGUACGAGCUCCCCCCAACAGCACCAGACAGCAGCUCAGGCAUGAUCUCCAAGACAAUCGACAUCUGUUUGCACAAAGAAGGCAGCAGCUUUGGCUUCGUCACGCGAGGUGGGAUCCACGAGGACUGGCAUAAGUCCCGCCCUCUUGUGGUUACCUACGUGCGACCUGGAGGCCCUGCAGACAGGGAGGGUACGCUGCGUCCUGGAGACCGUCUCCUCACUGUGGACGGCGUGCCGCUGCACAACGCCAAUCACAGCGAUGCCCUCAGCGUGUUGGCUCAGUGUGGACAGGAAGCGCUGUUCCAGAUCGAGUAUGACGUCACUAUUAUGGACACGGUGACCAAUGCCUCAGGACCGCUCCUGGUAGAGAUCGCCAAGUCGCCAGGUGCAACGCUUGGCAUCACACUGACCUCCGCCAGCCAUCGCAACAAGCAGGUCAUCGUUAUCGAGCGGGUCAAGCCUGGCAGCGUGGUGGACAGGUGUGGCGCGUUGCAUGCUGGAGACCAUCUGCUGUCUAUCGACGGGACGUCCACAGAACACUGCACAGUCCUGGAGGCCACACAGCUGCUGGCCAGUACCACUGAACUGGUCAAACUGGAGAUACUGCCGUCCCAUCAGACCCGGCUUACUGGGAAACAACAUGACACAGUGAAGGUUCAGAAGUCCGACCACCCGCACUCCUGGGACCCCUGUGUGAACUUCCUCCCCUCAACAAACUCCACCCACUGCAACACAAGCUCCACCCUCCACAAGUCAUGGACCGCCUCCAACAACAACACUAUCAACAACAACCUCGACUAUUGCAAGUCUUUGGUGUCGGCCAGUUUCUCUCCAGGGUCCACAACCACGUCGGGCCCCAGCAGUCAGAGCUCCAACACCCUCCCUCGGCAGACCGUUCCCAUGAGCCCCAGGAACUCGCUGCUUAAACGUAGACACAGAAAGAAAGACCACAAAAGCUCUUUGUCACUGUCGUCCAGUUCUGUGGGCCCGGGUGGCCAGGUGGUCCACGUGGAGACCAGUGAGGUCGUCCUGACGGGUGACCCCCUCAAUGGUUUUGGCGUACAGCUUCAAGGAGGAAUAUUUGCCACAGAAACCCUUUCCGCACCCCCACUCGUUCGAUUCAUUGAGCCCGACAGCUCAGCAGAGAGGUGUGGCCUGCUGCAAGUCGGGGACCGCCUCCUGUCCAUCAACGGCAUCCCCACAGAGGACGGCACCCUGGAGGAGGCCAACCAGCUUCUACGGGACGCGGCGUUGACCAAUAAAGUCGCCCUAGAAAUCGAGUUUGAUGUGGCAGAGUCUGUGGUGCCCAGCAGUGGAACCUUUCACGUCAAACUACCUAAGAAAAGAGGGGUGGAGCUUGGCCUCACUAUUAGUACCAAUAAAAAGGCAGGUGAGCCUCUCAUCAUCUCGGAUAUCAAGAAGGGCAGCAUGGCCCACAGAACAGGAACGCUGGAACCCGGCGACAAGCUGCUGGCCAUCGACAACAUACGGCUGGAGAACUGCUCCAGAGAGGAUGCCGAGCAGAUCCUCCAGCAAUGCGAGGAGCUGGUCAAGUUGAAGAUCCGCAAAGAUGAAGAUAACUCAGAUGAGCAGGAGACGUCAGGCAGCAUCAUCUACACUGUGGAGUUGAAGCGCUAUGGAGGCCCGCUGGGCAUCACCAUCUCUGGCACAGAGGAGCCUUUUGACCCAAUCACCAUUUCAGGCCUGACCAAGCGAGGCCUGGCCGAGAGGACAGGGGCUAUUCACGUGGGUGACCGCAUUCUGGCCAUUAACAGCGUCAGCCUGAAAGGUAAACCGCUGAGCGAGGCCAUCCACCUCCUGCAGAUGGCGGGAGAGACAGUCACUCUCAGGAUCAAGAAGCAGCUGGACAAUGCAGAGGAGAGGAAGGCGGCCGAGGCAGAGGACACAACUGAGAACGAGCUCAGUGACACCGAAGAUGAUCUGACCGACAGCCAGCAGACCAACAAACUGUCUGAGCUCUACUCCACCACCAUCCCCAGCGUGGACUCUGCCAUGGAGUCGUGGGACGGCUCUGGCCUGGAUGCCGGCUACUGCAGCCAGGGCACCUACAGCCACCAAGCUUCAGCCGGAAUUGCCCUCCACCCUCACGAGUGGCGUAGUGCAAAGCAGCAGCACAGCACCACGCCUCCUCCUGGCUGCCGAAAGAACUAUCCCUUUAGUGACGGAGGCUUUAGUGAGGAUGAGUGGGAAAAACCCCCAAGUUUUGUUGGGCAGUCGGAUGGAAUUCUGAUGGACUCUGAUGACAGUUUCUGGUGUCAGGCUCUGGAAGACCUAGAGACAUGUGGCCAAUCAGAACUGCUCAGAGAGAUUGAGGCAUCCAUCAUGACGGGCACGGCCAUCAGUUUGGGAGUAGAAGGCGUCAACAAGCCUCCACCUGAUGCCAUCUUGAGCCACAGUAGGAUGAGCCCGUUGCAACGGAAUUCGCUCCUCCACCAGGGGGCGCACCUCCACCAGGGGGCACACCUGCACGAGGAGCUCCACCUACAUGAGGAGGCCCAGCUCCACCAAGACCACAUGGAGGUUCACUUCAACCAGGACGACCUCCUUCACCCGGGUUCCCACAUCCUUCAGGACAACAUGUCCCCUCUAAUGCACCAUGAGUCCAAGCCCAAAGCAUCACUGAGGGUGUCGGAAAGGACUUGGGAGUCUCGUCGCAUCAAAGAAGAUAUGCAAGGACUUUUGUCGCCGACACCUUUGGAGCUGCACAAGGUGACUGUAAUCAAAGAUCCAGAAAGUGACGACUUUGGUUUCAGCGUGUCAGAUGGCUACCUGGAAAAAGGCGUAUACGUCAACAUGGUACGACCUGAUGGACCCGCUGACCGAUCCGGACUUCGACCCUACGACAGGAUCCUCCAGGUGAACCACGUGAGGACGAGGGACUUUGACUGCUGCUUGGCCGUCCCUCUCAUCACGGAGGCGGGAGACCGACUGGAACUGGUCAUCAGUCGCAACCCGCUGGAUGGUGCCGAAGACAACAACAACACUUUGGACCACCAUCCGCUGGACCUGUAGCAUAGACAUCAGUCAGGCGGGCGUGGCAUGUUGCUAAAAGACACACCCAUGGAACCUUAAAGGAACAGCGCCGCCCGCUACGCCAGGUUCUACUGCUGUCAUACAGCGUCUUUCUUCACCACAUGUCAGCACUAACUGGACCUGCCUUACGAGACUGGAGAUCACUGAUCACAUUAUUUUUAAUGUCCUCUCUGUGGUUCAAAAGGACGGAAUCCAAGUUGCUGCUAAAUUCACACAAAAACUCAGCUGGAGACCUGAAAGACUUUUGCACAAAAAGGUACGUUUUCCAGCAGCACAAUAAAAGUGUCACGGCAUGGACGCAGCUAUGAUGUCAUCUCCUAUCCGGAGGAAGCCACCAAUCACAGAGAGGUGAGGACUGUUCUUCCGUAAAUGGAAGUGGUCAAGCAUGGACAACCUUUUUUCUUGGCUUUUCACCUUGUUGGAGUCCCUGCGGUGCCGCCGGUAGUCAGGGGUGGGGGUCAUGUGAAGUGGUUACCAUUGCGACAAUUCAAACUGAAGGCUAUUUUGCUGAGUAAGUGCUUCCUGCCUUUCAGACUUUGCCUGUUAGGGAAAAAAAAAGGACUUCCAGAGCCGGGCCUCAGGCUCCACACCGCCACCCCCACCCCCACCCCCACCCCAGCACCCUCUUAAUUUAGGUUCAUUAGAAAAGACAUUCUUUCCUCCAGCUUACUUUGCCUGCUGUUUUCUUCCGGAAUGUCAAAGCAGACCUCAUUAUUUAAGGAUUAGCGGUCACAUGACCCCGCACCCCCAGAAGCACACUUGUUAAGUUAGUCACAAAGGCUCUAAACAGUUUAUGAGUACUUUUUCUAUAUUUAUGAACAUUGCCAUGUCAACAAAACAGCAGUCUUUCAGAGAUCAACAUUCCUUUUUUCCUUCACUCUGUCAGCCGUUAGUCACUUUGUUAUGUAACACUCUCACAACCAGGGGUGCCGACAGGAAUUCUGAGCCCCAUGGAAAAAAAAAAAUUACAUUGUUCCCCCCAAUAUGGCACCCCAGCUUACAACAUACUGUCAACAUACCUGUCAACCCUCCCCAAUUUUCACCGUCAUUUCAUUUUCUUAAAAAAAUAUAAAUAUAAAUCUUCCAUAGUAACGUGGGCGUAACCCAGGGGUGUCCAAAUAUAUAUUUUGUAAAGCAACAUAAUGUACAUUAUACAUAUAUAUUUCAAGAAAAAAACAGCAUGUCAGCUUAUUCAUAGAGGUGAAAACUAUUAUUUAGUUUAUUCCCAUAGUAUUUCGACUUUGUUGCCAUAUUGUAACUUUUUUCCUGACUGAAUUUAAUUGAAUUAAUUUAUGACUUGUAAAACAAUUUUUUAAAACCUAUAAUGUGUCAAGCCAAUGUAACUAAAAUUAUAUAUUUCCCCUCAUAUUAUUGCAAGUUUAUCCUCAUAAAAUUGCAACGUUUUUCUUUCAAUAUUUAGACUUUAUUUUCAUAAAAUUACAGCUGUUUUUUUUUCAUUUCUGUAUUUUUUCUUACUAUCCAACUAUUUCAAAUGUUUUGGAAACUUUCUUCUACUUUGUCUAAUUGUGACUUGAUGUUUUGACGUAAUUAUCGUCAUCUAAUAUUUCAAAAAUUCCAACUUUGAUUUGUUUGUUAUUUACAAUAUUGGAGUUUAUUUUAAAAAAUGUUUUUUUUCUUAAAUAUUUCAACUCUAUGCUAACAAAAUGACUUUAUAUUUAUUUGUAAUAUUACAACAUUAUUCUCAUAAAAUUCUGAUUUAUUGUUACUUGUUCAAACAAACUAAAUUUUUUGAAUUUGAUAAACUCUAUUUUUAGAAUGUGCCCCAGGCUACACUUUGGACACCCCUGGUGAAAGUCAAACUUUCAACAUUUUUUUGGACGGCCAGAAUUUCCGUUAUUUCCCCCGUAUUUUUCCAUAACAUUUUUUACAGUCCAGACCCCCACGGACACCCCACCCUUCACAUCCAUCAGUGAAAACAGUCUGGGACGGUAAAUAUAGUAUACAUACAUGAACAUUUGUUUACAAGUACGUAUAUAAUGGUGACUUUUCACAAAAGCAUGUGUGUGCGUGGGUGUGAGUGUAAGUGCGAGGGACAUUUGCACUUCUAAAAAAGAAAAAAAGCACAGUGUAAAAUACAAUGUAGUGUAAAUAUUGUCAUGAAUGGAGUGUUUUUUUAUGCUAUAAAGAGCUUUUGUAAAGCAGCAACAUGCUGAGAGAAAAGCCUUCCACAGUGUUGUGUUGUUGGUUUUUGUAUGUAAAAUUUGUCUGGCUGUGUGUGUGUGUGUGUGUACGUGCCCCCCCCCCCCCUUCAUAUAUAUAAUAAAAAUGUUUUAAGCCCAAUCUGGAAAUACAGUGAAGUGCAUCCCUGCAUAUUUGUCAUUCAGUUUUUGUGGCUUUUUGGUAAAAAAUAAAAUAAAAUCCCCCCCGAAAAGAGGCCUUAUCUCACACAAAAUUUAAUUCACCCCAAGCCAUUAAUUAUUUAUAAAUAUGUCAUUUAAAAAACAUAAAAUAUACAUGUAUGACAUAAGCGUAAGAUCUUUGUGUCACUAUAGUAGCAUUAGCUUCAGUCAACGUUUUUUUUACAAUCCUACUUAAAAACUUGCAAAGCGAAAACAAAUUCAUGAAUUCAUUUUCUACCGCUUUUCCUCACGAGGGUGCUGGAGCCUAUCCCAGCUGUCUUCGGGCGAGAGGCGGGGUACACCCUGGACUGGUGGCCAGCCAAUCACAGGGCACAUAUAGACAAACAACCAUUCACACUCACAUUCAUAUCUAUGGACAAUUUGGAGUCACCAAUUAACCUAGCAUGUUUUUGGAAUGUGGGAGGAAACCGGAGUACCACGCAUGCACGGGGAGAACAUGCAAACUCCACACAGAGAUUCAAUUCCGAGGGUGGAAUUGAACCCUAGUCUCCUAGCUGUGAGGUCUGCGUGCUAACCACUAGACCGCCGUGAAAACAAAUAUGAUUGUAAAUUGUUACUUCAAACCGCGUAGAUUAUGCAGACAGCGGCUUGGAGAAAUGCCACGCCUCUCAUGCUAGGCUAAAGCCUAGCCAGGCUAAAGCCUAACACUGUGACUCCGAUUCCAACUGUGACUAUUAUUGGACCACUUUCCAUUAGCUAUGCAUUUUAUAAUUGAAAUGUGGUUCCUAUUUAGGGAUUAAACCUGGAUUCUGUCAGCGAGCGAACAAUGGCAAUUGAAGAGAAAAGGGAAAGCCUCCAAUCCACAACUAGGGAUGCAAAUGUCCUUGUGAUAGAUUCAAUUAAUAUAAUGUAAUAUAUCUGGCUAGUGAGGAUAUGUUGUGCUCUGGUUGGACUUCAUAGCUGAUCUGCAUAGUCUACAAAUGGCGCGGUUUUGAAGUUUUAGCGUCCUUUAGCCCCUAUUUGCAUCCAUUCUCACCUUCAGUCAUGGCAAGCAAUGAAAAAUGCACGACAAUCCUGGCUCUCGAGUUGCGUAAAAGACACCCUGUCACCCCAUUGCUUCUCUCGGGCUACCUGGUGCAUGUCUCUACAAUCGAUUAAUCUAGAGAUUAAUGGCUGAUUCUUAUUGAUACAGGAUGCUCCAUCGAUUAAUCAUUUGGAACUCUUAUUACAACACUCACUUUUAUUGCAAAUGUUCAGUAGAAAUUGCAGGAGAACACCAUUCAACACAACACCAACGUCAUUUUUACCAUUCCCUGGUGGUCCUGGAAGGUCACCCCUACAAAAAGCUGUGAUUGCUGUAAAUUUAUAUUCCAAGUAAGCAAAUGUUUAGUUUUGUUUUCUAAAAUGUAUUUUGAAUUUACAUUUAUUUAAAUGUUUUUUUAAAUAAAAUAUUUUCAGUCUUCCUGUGUUGAAUCUGCCCUGAUUGAACUCAUCAAUUUUUUUUAUGUCUUUAAUGAGACUGAGGUAUAAAAUCAGCAAACCCUGUAAUUCCAGAUGCAGGUUUUAAAAUGUGUGUGUGUGUGUUUUGUGUGUAAAAGUCAUUGUAAUAUAAUAUUUUUCUACAAUGACUCUUGAAAAAUGGAAAAGAGUUGUAAAGUGCAAAAUAAAACAUCUAACUUUG